AAAUUAUCAGAACUUAUUUCACAGUGGUCGCUGUUUCACUGGAACUGUCUCCAAAUAAUGACCCAGCUACAGACUGGGGUCACUGGAUGUCCCAAAAGAAGGCCACUUUCAUAGGUCAUUACUACAUCCUGGGCCAUAGGGAGUCCCCUGAUUUUUACCACUGAAUGGGCUUCAACAAUUGCAUCAGAUCUUGUCAGAUGUUCCUCCCACUUCUAUACAACACUACAGAGGAGGAUACAGUACUGUACAAGGCCAUUAGUACUUCCUGAGGCCUGGAGAGUACAGAGACUAUGAAGACUGAGGCUGCUUCAACCCCAUGAUUAACUACUUUAGGAGAAUCAGAGGAGGCUUCAUAUAAGCUGACCUUGUGGAAUUAGCACAUCAUUAAUGGCUGGCUUUAAAAACAUGCUUUUUUUUCAUUGAAAACUGAAACAGUACAGAAUUCUGCUAUUUCGGAAGCCCAUUGAAGCACUGCAAAUUCUAUAAGGAUAUUCAAAAAUAUGUACAAGCUAACCUGGAGAAACAUGUCAAACACAAACACAGAUGACCAUAACCAGACCCAGCUCAUGUCUGAAACUCACUAUUGACAAAAGUCAGAGUCUGCAACUUUUAUUGUCCACUCAAAAAUGCAGUAGUUCAGUCUUUUACAUGACAUAAAAGAGCUUUGAAAAAGACAAUGAAGGCAGACAACCCACCAGACUUGUAAAUGGUAUGCAGUCUACAGAACUCUGCUGACAUGGCAGAGCUUAAUGAGCCACACACAAAGCCAUGCACCAUGGCCAGUCUAUAAAGAGGUCCUGACCUGUAACUGGCCAGCUGCUCUGAAUACACGCACUAUGGCCAAGAUUACCUUCUUUGAGGAAAAGAACUUCGAGGGCCGUCACUAUGAGUGCAGUAGUGACAGUGCUGAGUUGCAGGCCCACUUCACCCGCUGUAACUCCAUCCGCAUAGAGAGCGGCUGCUGGAUGGCUUAUGAGAAACCAAACUAUUCUGGCUACCAGUACAUGCUGCACAAGGGAGAAUAUCCUGACUACCAUCACUGGGGAGGUUUUAACGAUCGUAUCCAUUCCUGCCGCAUGGUACCUUCUUAUCAAGGAAACUAUAAGGUGAAGAUCUUUGAGCGCUCUGAUUUUGGAGGCCAGGCCAUGGAGCUGACUGAGGAUUGCCCAGAUCUACGCACAUGCUUCCACAACGGUGACAUCUUCUCUGCCAAUGUCUUGGAAGGUUACUGGAUCUUUCACGAGCACCCCAACUACAGUGGGCAGCAAUACUUCCUGCACCCAGGGGAGUACAGGAGGUUUAGUGAGUGGGGCAGUUCCAGUCCUGCUACGGGCUCCUUGAAACGGAUCAUCGAGCUCAAAUGAAAAGAUUUUCUGCUUAACAUACCAAAUUAAUCAUACCUGCUUGUCAUUUGCUUCCAGCAUGAUCCAAUCUUCACAGUAGACUAUGGUGUGACUGCAGAAUCACUAGGUAGCAUGAAUUUCUGUUGGUUUUUUUUGGCCUCCAUUUGAGAUUUACAUUAGCUAAAAGAAAUGUAUGCAUUCCUGUAUGUAUUGACAAAUCAUAUGCUUAUCUAGCACCUGAACCUUUAAUGCUAAAAGUGAGAGUAAAUUGAAAUUAAAUUACUUUUAUACGUUCAACUUACAUAAAUUCAUUAUGGUGUUUAAUACUAACACCAAAAGUUUCCUCAUUCCAUUUGCUGGAUACAAAAUGGUAUACAGUAUCAAAGCAUAUGUUAUGUAGUGUCCAUUGUUUUAUAUGUCCAUGCAGAUUGACAUUAGCGUGACAUUAGCACAGCUGAAUGAUAAAGGAAUAAUAUCAAGAAACA